AUGGAAAUUGAAAAAUGGAAAACUCAAUGCAGGUACCUUUAGAAUGAAUUAGAUUCAAUGAAACAACAACUUUCAGAUGCCAAAGAUCUAAUACGAUUGAAUAAGGAAUAAUUAAAAAUUUGCUAUAAUCCAUCAUAAUUUGACUAAAGUUCAGAAUGUAAGGCUGCAUUAGUGUUACUUAAAUUUGUCUAAGAGGAAAACGUGGUCUUAAUGAAAAAAAUAGAAUAGUUAAGCGAUGAAAGAAAUCUAGCUUUUGAUAAAGCCUUUAUUUCUGAGCAAAUCAAUGAAUCAAACUAGAGAGUAGAAUCUUCAUUGAUUAAUAGUUUAAACAAAACAAUCACUGAAUUAAAAAAGAAGUUAAAUGAAUAGGUCUAAAUGUCAAAUGAAAUGAUGGGGACGAUUUAUUUAGAAAAACAUUUGGCUCAACCAGAACAAUUGACAUUGAAUUUUAAUAAUGUAAUUUAAUAGAUGAAUUCGAUGCUAUUGAAAUAGAAAUUACAAAUAGAAGAAUUAAUUGAAUAAAAAAAUGAUCUAGCACAAUUAAAUUUUAGUUUAUCAAAUGAAAUUCUAAAAAUGAGAACCCAAAGAUUCACCCCUAGAAAUCAAACAAAAACAUUUUUUAGUCAAAAUGAAGAUCCAUCAAAAUUCAUUAAUAAUUUAGUCUAAUUGUAAAAGAGAUUAUUUUUCGAUGAUGAUUCAUAAGAUGAAAAGAUGCAUAUGCAAUAAUCAGCAGUCUUUUCUCCACUUUUCUCUCCAACAUUGCCGCAGAAAGUAAAAAGACAAUAAAAGUCACAGUUACCAAAAGAUCUUAAACAAGAACCUGAAAAAUACAUACCUAAACUAGACUUAACUAAGGCAUAACAAAUAUAAUAAUUCAAUAUCAAAAGGAUGUAGUUACUUGCCAAUAAAUUGGCAAAUGAAGGAGUUGAAUAGAAAAUUUAUAUGUUAUAAGAUGAAUUACUGAGAACAAAAAAUAAAUAUCAUGCCCAGUUAGUCUUGAAUUAACAGCUGGACUUAUAAUUAACAGAGUUGAACCUUCAAAUGAUGGAAUUGUAAAAUGUAAAUGAAACCUUGAUCAAAUCCAAUCAAAUGUAUGAAGAAAAAUGGUCCAGUAUCUAUUAAUAGUUCUCAUUUUACAAGGAAUUUUAUCUAAAGCAUAAAGAUUAAAUUCAACAUAAUCUUUAAUCAUUUGCUACUUCUGAUGAUCAGUAGUAGUUUAGUGUCUUUGAAUUUGAGAAAGUAUUGAACUCUUCUAAGGUAUACAAAAAGAAUCCUUCCCAGAAGAAUAAUAUUAACAACAAUCCAGCUUCCAGCAUAAUUAAUUAUUAGGAUGAUGUGAAUUAUUAAUCUUCUUGUAGGCUUCCUACAGAUAGGUAAGAGGAGGUGAAUAAAUUCUUAACUUAAUAGUAUAAAUGUUGUUUAAUGAUGAUGGCAAAAGAAGUUAUCUCUUUGGAUUGUUAGCAUGUUAAGCCAGUUUAGACUGAUCACAAUAAAGUCAAGAUAAAAAGAAGCUACAGUAACACCAUAGAGUAUUUUCCAGUCUUUUGA